AUGUCGAUUUCGUUUCGUGUGAAUCCGGAAUAUGCCAAGAUCACCGAAAUUGUUCCGGGUCUAUUCAUAUGCGGUGUAAGUUCGUUGACGAAUGAGGAAAUGAAGAAAAACAAGAUCACCCACAUCAUCAACGCCACCACGGAAGUACCCAAUCUACGUAGUCUUGGCGAUAUUCAACGCACGAAACUGUGGCUCGAAGACACCCCACAAACCUAUAUUUAUCCCCAUUUGGAGUUACAAAGUGACCAGAUUCAAGCUAUCAUAGCUGACGGAGGUAGAGUGCUUGUGCACUGUGUCGCCGGUGUGUCACGAUCGGCUUCAAUAUGCUUGGCUUUCUUGACGAAAUAUAGGUGUCGGUGUUUACGUGACGCUUAUCAUCUAAUGAAAUCAAAACGACCGAUGGUCCGUCCGAAUCUCGGUUUCUGGCGGCAGCUGAUCGCAUACGAACAGAAUGUCAAGGAAAAUUCCGGCAGUGUACGUUUGGUUCGUGACGAAGCUCAACCAGAAUGCCUUCUUCCAGACGUGUACCUCUCGAUUGCCAUUAAACCUCGACCAGUGAGCCCUGCCGACCACGACGCCGAGCGGCAAAGUGAUGAGCCGCGAGAACGAAGAGUCUCUGGCAUUCGGCCUAAAUUCCAGCCCGUACUCGAACCCCUUAUUGAGAUCACUGAAGCCGUUUGCUGA